AUGGACGCCGUGCAAGGCCCGAGGCAGCCCAAGCGCUGGACGGAAGAAGAGGACGCCAUUCUCCACGAGGAAGCCAUCAAGCAAGGCAAGUCCUCCCUGGGCCCAAUUAAAGACUGGCAUCGGAUCGCUGCAAAGCUGGCGAACCGCACCAACAAGGACUGCCGCAAGCGCUGGUUCAACAAAGUACGCGGCGGCCUGAGAACUGGACCGUGGAGCGAGGACGAAGAUCAAAAACUUCGGCAGGCUGUGGAGAAGUACGGCCAAAGAUGGACUCUGAUCUCCCAGGAGUUCGGGUCUCGCAGCUCUGACCUCCAGUCGUUCGGCCACGACUGGAAGUUCAUUUGCCAGCAGCACUAUCCAAGCAGGUCGAGAACAGACGUCAAGAACCGAUAUACCAUUCUCAGCCGCCGACUUGCUGCUGGCGCUCCGGGAGAGUCACCGUCUGAGGUGGCAUCACCUCUGAACCCUUCAGGUGAAUCCUCGCACGACAUCCCCGACUCCCUCGAUCCAAGCAAUGACAUGAUGCAUUGUGCUGAGGAUGAUCUUCACUACUUCUCUGCUGGUAAUGAUUCACUCCAAGUUCCAGAAUCGGUGAGCGCCGGCGUAGCAGGACACCAGUCUACCCCGGAGUUUGAAAUAUCUUUUCCUGACGAUUUCGACUUCAACUUGGAGGGCGAUCCCAGCUAUGGAGACACCAUUAUGGAUGGCUGUACAGACUCUCCCUUCUUCAGCAGCUCACAGCGCACAUUCUCAGUAUGCCCUACCAGGGCAGCGGACGAGCCCAGCUGGCUGUUCACCAAUGCUGACGGCGCACUGUCCCCCUCUGCGGCGGCGCCUAGCGAGGGCAGCCACGCCAGCCAGACGUUCACGAACAUGUUUGAUCUCGAAUUGGAUAACAAGGGGCAGCUCCACAUGUCCAAGACCUUCAAUGAACUUGAAUCUCCUACGGGUGCCCUUCAGUUCAUCGAGGGGCUAGAUCCGCGCGUGACAGAACCAGACUUCAGCAUAGCAGGCGGCGGCGACAAGAGGUCUUCAUCAUUCAGCGUGGUACUAGUUGCGGAGGAAUGUGACCAUGAGUUGGUCAAAUAUCUCAUCGAUGUCACCAAACCAAUCAAGGGAAGGGUAAAGAUGGAAGUUGUCAUGUGA